AUGGACUCCGGGAGCUCUGAGUACCCGCGCGCAACAAACAAGUUCCCGAACGGCACCAUGAUCGGCGCAUUCACCUUGACGACCCCCGGUGACAAUCCCGAGCUCGUUUUGAAGACAGUGAAAUCCACGGACGCCGGUAGUUCAUGGUCUUCUUUGGGUGAAGUCUUCCGCGGCCCUCGUGCCACUCACGAUAUGAACAACGGGUUCCCCUUCGUGCUCAACAAUGGACGCGUGCUCUAUGCGUACCGCAACCACGAUCGCAAAACAGACGGAACCUACACGUUCUUCCGCAUCAGCAUAUCCUACUCUGACGAUGAGGGCGUGAAUUUCGAGUAUCUGACCACCGUGGACGAGCGCACGCCGUCGGGCGUCAAUGGCCUCUGGGAACCAUUCAUCCGAUACGCGCACGACGGAACGACGUUGCAGAUUUUCUACUCUGCGGAGAACAGCGCCGGUGAUCAGGAUAGUAUCAUGCGGACGAGCACCGAUGGUGGCAAAACGUGGAGUGGCCCAAAGACGAUUUCAGGCGCGGACAUCAACGCGCGAGAUGGCAUGUUGGGCGUUGCGCCCAUCGACAACGACGGCGCGCUCAUCGCUGUAUUCGAGACCACCGAAGGUGAAGAAAAUCGCUUUGUCGUGUCCAGCGUGACUUCGAACGAUGAUGGUAAGACGUGGGGAAACAGGCAGCGCGUGUUCACGCCGCCGAGUGGUAAGGCUGCUGGCGCGCCGCAGGUGUGGAAUGUUUGGGGCACGUUGGUGGUGAGCUUUUUGACGGAUGAGGAUCGCGAAUCAACGACUGGGUACGCAAAUUGUGCUACGAAGAUCAUGACGAGCACGGAUGGAGGGAAUACAUGGGGCAAUAAGUUCACUGUAUUUGCGGAUCAGUCGAACUGGUCGGGUAUGUCGCUGCUGGAUCAGAGCCAUCUCCUGGUCAUGUCGGGUGUGAAUGGGAAGGGAGCGCUGAGCCAGAAUGUUGUGUUGAAUUGA